CCUAAUCUAAUCAGGAACACAGCCUUAUCCAAUCAUUACUAGUGAAUUUUCACGUUGACCAAUUGAAAUUGAUGAAUUAAAUAACUUUUUUUUUAAAAAGUGAAUAACUUGUUUGUUAGACAAUUUUAUAAUUAAAUUUAUUCGAAUGCUUGUUAUAAUUAAAUAAAUACUUUCGCAAUACGCUAAGGUGUUGAUGAAAAAUAUGUACAUACUAAUUGUUUUAUUUAUCUGUCUCCAGGCCUUGUCUAUGGAAUCGACUAAAACAUUUUCAGCUGAUAAAAGCAAUACAAAUAAUACAAGUACUUUAAACAAACACGAAAACAAUAUCGAAACAAUGGAAAAUAAUGAUCUCAAUGUUAUUACUUUAAUUGAUGGAAAGCGUUUAACCGGUAUAAAUCUACACCUACCAUUGUCUACUUUGAAUUCAGUCAAUGCAUACUAUGGGAUAAAAUAUGCAUCAUUGGGGGUUCCUAGUCGAGAUGGAAAUCAAUCACCUGAAAAUAGUAGCAUAACCUUUAGAAGAAACAGUUAUAAAAUGCCUGCAUUACAUCGUUUCAGUCAUUCAGUUGCAUCAUUCUUCUAUGAAUCAUUAAAUGGUGUACAUUCGUAUAGUAUACUGCCACCAGCAUGUCCACAACACUUGAUUCAUAUUAAUAUGGGAGAUAAGAAUAUACCAAAGCCUGUAAAAGAUCGAUUUAUACGUUUACAACCAUUCCUACGUGAUCAGGAAGAGGAUUGUUUAACACUGAAUAUUUAUGUGCCGCAAAACAGUAAACGAAGAAAAUCUUACAGACGACCAGUAUUUCUUUUUGUACACGGUGAAUCAUACGAACAUGGGAGUGGAAAUGCCUACGAUCUGUCAGUAUUAGCAAGUUAUAGUGAUACAAUUGGUAUCACGCUGAAUUAUCGUCUAGGUCUAUUGGGUUUCUUAUCAACAAAUAAUUAUGGAGUCAAUGGAAAUUUUGCACUUUAUGAUUUGCAUGCAGCUAUAAUGUGGAUUAAAACAAACAUUAAAAGUUUCAGUGGUGAUCCAAAUGAAAUCACCUUAAUUGGUUAUGGUCAUGGAGCUGCUCUUGUACACCUUUUCGCUUUAUCAAAAAUGUCACAAGGUCCUUCUUCGAAUGGCAUCAAACGAAUAGUUCUACUCAAUGGAUCUGGCUUUGCACCAUGGGCAACAUCCCAUCAAAGUGCAUCAGUUUUAGAUGAAUUACUGAAACAUUUUAAUAUCAGUACACAAAGUAUCAAGAACAACUCGACCUUGAAUGAAAUCAAAUCAAGAAAAGAUCAAAACAGAUAUAAAUCACUAUUUGCACAAGACGUAAACGUAGAUACAUUCGAAAAUUUUAGCAAUACAAAAAAUGCUGGUGAUUCUUCAGUUUCCAAAAAUAAUAUUACCUCUGCAAGUAGUAAUGUACCAGGACAGUUCAUAAAACAUUUAUUCCUAAAAUUAAAGAAUUCAUCUGUCGAAUAUUUAAUAGAUUUACAGAAAAAUUUGUCUCAUUCGCUUGUGACAACACGUUUAGGACCAGUGAUAUCUAAACACUUGUUCCCAAGUUACCUUUUACCUAAUAGAAAUCUGGAUAACCAUAUUAAUGGGUCUGGAAAACAGCCAGCCAAUUAUUACACCAAUUUACAACAAGAAACUCAUUGGUAUGAGCAGAAAUCGCCUCACUCUUCUAAUGAUGACAGUGAAUUGAAGUACCGGACUGAAAUGAAAACAAGUUUAUUUAUGAAUGCUGACUUGAUGGUUGGAUGGACUGAGUCACCAGUAUCCAAUCUAUAUUACUUACAAAGUGCUUUAUAUUCAUCACCAUACAGUUUGUUACUGAAUAAAAUUGUAAGAGAACUAUAUCCGAAUAAUCAAGAUGUGAUCAAGGAGAUCAUAGAGCACAUCUAUUGCCAAUCGAAUGAAGUCCAAGAAGCUGAUGACGAAUUCAGCAAUACGGAAAAUGGUUCACCAAGCAGUAGUCACUCAAAUGAAAAAUUCAAGGAUAAUAAAUGUUACCAGAAAAUGCAAGAAAUACUGUCUGACGGAUUAUACAUUGUACCAAUUAUGCAAACACUAAGAAUGCACGCUAAAAAUCAAGUGAACCAGAUAGCUGACAAGCGAACUAAAACAACUUUUCCUCAAAAAGUGCAAAUGGACAAUGCCAGUACAAAUAGAAAAUCUACCUAUGCUUUAUUCUUUAAUCAUAGAUCACCUAAACAAUCUGUAAGACAUACAGUAGUCAAGGAAGAAGGUAACCAAGUGCAUAAAAUUGGUUUCGGUGAUGACCUUCCAUAUCUAUUCGGUGCACCUUUAGUUAGUCCAAAUCAUUUAGAGCCAUUUGCUAGUAGGUUUACAGAAAUCGAUAAGAAAAUAUCAGUAAAUAUUAUGAAUUAUUUAACAAAUUUUAUACAUUAUGGUGAUCCAAAUAAAGAAUUUAUUGGACAUCAAACGAAGAAAGUACCAGUUCAUUGGCCAGAAUAUACUUCGAAUUCUAAAUCUUAUUUAAGCGUUGGUAGUGAAUCGAAGGAGACACCAUUAUUUGACCAGACAAAGAGACAAUUUCGAAACCUGUGGGGAAGCAAGGAAAAUGAAGAAAAUUUAUUCGCAGUUAAACAACGCUAUGAAACUGAGAAACAUAGAAUAUGGUGGAAAUUAUUACCACGUUUAACUUAUUUGCCUAAACCAGGUGAUGACAAGAAUAAUGAAAGUAAUGAAUACCAUUCAUAUAAUAGACAAAAAUUAACGAGUGAAUACUUUUAUUUCCUUCAAUUGAAACAAACGGAUUGGUCUUCUGAAACCAUGGUGAAAACAAAACCAACUUCAAAUUUUUGGCAAAAUAACAAUCAAAACGUAACAUGUCCAUUGAAUUUUGUUGAGGAUAUGAAACCUUUAAAAACAGAGAUUAACAUUCCUGAUAUAUCAUAUUCAGUUAAUUUCAGUCAGCUACCGUUAUAUGUAGAAAAUGACAUUGAUCACCACACAAAUAUGAUGACAUUAUCAACGCCUAGGGGGGCCUAUAGCGGUAUGCCGGUUGAUUCAAAUUCAUCUACAGAAUUUUAUACAAUUAAAAGAGAAGAUGAAAAUAUUGAAUCAAAUUCACAAUCUUUGACAGUAGGAUUUUCAUCUGAUUCCUAUUCAACUUUAAUAUGGAUUAUAGGUGCAGGAUCAGUAUUAUUUUUACUCAAUACGUUCAUAUUCAUUGCAAUAUAUCAUCAAGCGCAUCAAUUACGUAAUGCAAAUCUCUCUCAACAAUCAAAACCAACAAUGCAAACAUCUUCAAUUAUAUCAGGAAAUGGAGAAGUGGAUAAUACACUGUAUCGAAAUUCUGCGCGCAAUACAAGUCCAUUAAAUAAAAAAGAAUACAGUCAAAUGAAAUGUAAAGAUGACGGAAUCACUAACCUUAUAGGUAUGAACGAUAGCGAAUGUACUAUAAAAGUUUCCUCACCAAUAAUGGCAUCAUCGAUGUCAAAACACCAUCAACAAAAUAAUACAUCAUCCUACCCAAUACAGAAAUCUCAACAGUUUGAUUACAUUGCAUAUCGUAACCCGAAUAAUUCAUUACUGCACGAAAUACCAACAAAUGUAAUGCAUAUUAAUGAUAAUAACAAUAAUGUAAACUUGAUGAAUUCAUGGUAUUCUGAAUCACCGUCAGUUAUUGGACAAGCAACAAAUACAAUUAAUAAAACAAGAUAUCUACUACAUCCAUACAGUCACGAACAACAAAGUAUACAAUCAAAUAUCUAUUUGAAUCACUGAAAGUAAAGUAAGAUCACCUAGAUGACUAUAAGUGAAGAUGUACUUAUAAAAAUAAACUGAUAUGUACAAUGAUAUGAGUCAAGG